AACAAUUCGAGAAAUUUGUUAGUUUAGAAUUUAUUAUCUGAAAUGGUUUAGUUUUUGUUUUAGUAUAAUAGCUUGAUUUUGAAAAUAACAUUUACGUUAAGUUGGUGCUUCUAUAAGGAUAUUGGAGUCUCUAUCAGGAUACCAAAUGAAAAUGAAGAAAAUCAACCUCAUUUUCAUCAUACUAACAAUUGCAAUCGGUGGAAUCCAGAAAUCCACGGGUGAAAUAUUGAAUUGUACUGCAACAUGGUCUCCUUGGAGUGCUUGUUUCCUCGAUGAAGUGAAUGGAUAUAUGUGGAAGGAUCGCAUGGUAACGCUGUCUCCCGGAACUCAAGAUGGUUUAACUUGCAAUAAUUAUGUAAACGAAAUUCAAUCAAAUAUCUGCACAUCGAAAGAUGAAACCUUAACCAAAUUCAUCAAUGCUGAUUGCCCCGAUGAUGGUUGGUUCCGAUGUGGCAACGGUCGAUGUAUUCAGGCCGAUUUAACAUGUAACGGGGAUGACGAUUGCGGAGAUGCAUCCGAUGAAUAUCCAUUGUACAAAGCGCAAAAUUGCUCAAACUUCGGCACCUUCAUUUGUGGAAUUCCCGUAACCACUACUACCAGUAAUACGCCGCCAAAAUCAGAUCGUUACUUUCUUGGAAUACCAGGAAUCGAAAAGUUUUCAGCUGGUUAUGACAUGCUGACAGGCAAGUUUCGUUCAAGUGUGCUGUCUAUGAUGCCAUACGGUUCAUGUAGGCGUGUUCUCAAAUCCGGGGAAUCUGAUUAUUACUACAGGUUGCCAAGUAACGUCAAUUCGUUGUUGCAACAUUUUAGUGUGGUGGAGUUGCCUGGUUCCUUGGCGCAAAGCGGAGCCGAAUUGAUCAACGCAACAAAAAAACUUUUAAAAGAAGAUUCAAGCUUUGGAGGAAUAUUAAGUGACAUUGAUGGCAACGUUGGAUAUUCUCAAUCUCAGAGAUUUAUGAGUUACGUUGUUGACAGUAUUGAACAACAAAAUAAAUUCACAGUUGUAAAGCUCAAGGCGGCCAGACACUUGGAAACUACAAAUUCCUUCAUCGAACGUUUGUUCGAUUUGCCUUCUGAAAAUUUCAGUUAUGAAAGAUACAUGUCGUUCAUUAGAGAUUUUGGAACUCAUUAUGUCUCGGCUACGCUUGGUGGACAAUAUGUACAAACAAACGUAUAUAACAGAUGUUGGUUGGAGGAAUCUUACGAGUUUGAAUACAGAAGCUCAUCUUGGGCAACCGACCUUAUUUUCUGCGACCGUGAAAACAUGAGAACGAAAGUAAACCCAGCAUACUCAGUGCCAGCGAAAUGUCUUUCUACAAAAAAUGUAAACAUCCUGACAAAAGUAGUGGAUUCCGAUGUAGAAGUGAUUGGAGGCUCGGUAUCCACUGCAUCGAAUCUAAAAACCAUUUUGACUGGUGACACGUGGAAUGCGUGGGUUGAUACAGUGGCAGAUUCUCCAUCUCUCGUCUUGAUGACUUUAACUUGAACCCAUUUCCAAUUUGUUGGAUAUUCCUAAUCCGAUGAUACCAGAAGAAAAACGUUUAAGCAUCAAAGCAUUUAUGAAACAAGCAAUCGAUGCAUAUUUGACUCCAUACGAUGCGUCGACUCAAUGCGACGGGUCGGAUUUACUGAAAACUGUAUCAAUCAGUGCCGUUUUGAUUUAACUGAGACACAGAACUACACGGUCAGAUAUUUGGCUGGAAAAGGAUACUCGGAUUACAAAUGUCGAUGUGCAUGCACAGCUGAACCGGAUUAUGAAACUUGUGGAACCAUCCGAGAAUCAGCGAAUCUACUAGUUUUGUUCUUCUGUCUCUUUGUGGUAAUCAAAAAUUCUUGGUGAUAUGGAGCAAAGUAAUUUGAUAUUCGAAGUCAAUUCUUCCUUUUAAUUCUUAAUAUAAGCAUUAGCUUUCUUUGCUAUGCCUAAAAAAACAAAGCCUUAUUUUUUAUACUAUUUUUUCGUCGCAAUAUGAAGUAGAUUUUCGGCGAUAAUUAUAGCUAUAACAUAAACACGUUUUAAUAUGAAUUUUGCUUACCACGACGUUGUUGAGUUCCAUCUGCUAGAAUUUAAUAUCUACCUGUCUUACCACACGUCAACCAACAUUUAGCGCAUCUAUCGCAGUGAAUAUUAGAUAAAUUUUGAUAAUUGUGUGUUUUACUCUGUUAUGGUUCUUUUUAUAAAGCAACAUUUUAUAAAUGGAAGUCGGGUAGAUGGACUCUAGCUGGAUAGCUUGUUCAUAAUUAUCGAAAUGUUGCUGAAAGCCUGCAAGAAUUGUAUUUUAUUUUCAUUGUUGUCUAUAUUUGCCAACGUGCCACUGCUGAAAGCGAAAUGUAGGACGUCGGUCCAUUUCCUAUACAUGUCAUAUUAUAUUUCUUGGUUUUAGCUGGACGCACUUAAAUAUAUUGUGUUGAUAAACAUUAGAUAAGCAUAA